UCAACCUUUAUCAUAUCAGAAGAAGACCCCCACAAAAGAAGAUCUAACAAGACAUCUCUUCAAGGCUUUCCCAUGGAGAAAACAAACACAAAGACUUUUGAAGAUGUUGAAAGUGUUGAUGUCUAUACAGCAAAAGGUUUGCUUACCAUUGGCCAUCAUAGAUAUCUCGAUGUUAGGACAAACGAAGAAUUCGCAAAGAGCCACUUUGAUGAUGCCUUGAAUAUACCUUACAUGUUCAAAACAGAUGAAGGUAGGAUUGUAAAUCCGGAUUUCCUUCCGCAAGUGUCAUCGGUUUGCAAGAAAGAUGACAAUCUGAUCGUGGCUUGUAAUUCUGGAGGAAGAGCAACUCGUGCUUGCGUCGAUCUUCUCAAUGCGGGGUACGAGCAUGUGGCUAACAUGGAGGGAGGCUACUCGGCUUGGGUUGACGCUGGUUUCGCCGGCGAUAAACCUGCCGCGGAGCUCAAGACCGCUUGCAAGUUCCGCCCUAAGGACAACUAAACCAGCCCAGUCUUGUUAUAAUUCACUAAAACAUCUCUAUCUUUUAUAUAUAAUCGGUUUGAUGCAAAAAUAUUUGAAAGUGCUUUUGUGGUGUUGUAUUAAGUUUGUCUCGAGCUCGAUGAAGCUGUUUGCAUGGAGUGUUACAUUGGGCAUGUUCAUUUGUCUAUCAAUCUGGAAGGAGAUAAUAUUAAUGUUUGUUUUGUGUUAAA